UUGCUUACAACUUUCGCUGGUCAUCGAGUACCUGCAGAGAUUGAGAUGAUGUCGUGCUGAAUACUCCUCACCGCAAUACCGUCCCUCAAGUCCAGCAGCAUCAUUCCAUGACUACCACGAGCCGCAACACCAGCAACCAAUCACCGACCUACGAGAAUCCGCCCGGUUGAUCCUGACUGACGAGCGAGAGAAACGACCGCCCUGUUCGCCAACAAAAUCCACUCGGAAAUACCCACCACGCCCUCAACGAAGAGUUGUCUUCGGAAGUUAUCAAGAAGACGAGAGCAGACAACAAGUCGGGCAUAUCCACCGCUGCGUGACCCACGACGAGCAGGAUUGCUCCCGAUUUUUUCCCGUUCCCAGCGGCUUGGACACCAAGGACGACAACGGCGACGAUCGCCGUCAUCAUGGCCACCACCACUGCCGCCCUGGACGAGGUGCACUUCGUCAACCCCGACGCCGUCGGGGCGCGCUCCCGCCGCCGCGUCAAGCUCGCCGCCGCCCGCGCCCGGCUGGCCGCCCUGGCAGCUGCCGGGGGCGGCGCGUCUUCCCUGGGGGGGGACGGCGCCGGCCCCGGCGUGAGCGAGAAGGAGGUGCGAAAGCAGCAGAGGAUGCUGAGGAACCGGGAGUCGGCUGCUCUGUCGAGGAAGCGCAAGAGCGACCGUAUCGGCGAGCUGGAGAUCCAGGUGGAGGCCCUCCAGGAGGAAAACCGCCGCCUCCGCCAGCGCAUCGACCGCCAAGAGGACGACGGCCGCGACGCGGGCAACGGCAACGGCAACUGCCGCGUCUUCAACGCGGGCGAGAUGACCGACUCGCACUCCCCGCCGGCGGCGGCCGCAGGCAACGGCUGCGUCAUCAACACCGCCGCCUCGGACCCCCCGCCGGCGGCAUGGGCUCCCACCGACCUCGCCGCCAGGGCCGCACUGGCUGCCACUUCUUCCAUCGUUCUCCCUUGCGCGUCUACGACCACCAUCAUCCCCACCACGCCGCCCGCCACCAACAGCGACCUCGCCGCUGCGAACAAGGUUUUCCGCGGGGGGUCUGGCGUACCCGUCGCCGGCGGCCCCUCCUGCUCGGCCACGGCGACUUGUGCUUCUUCUUCUCACGUCCCUGCUUCUGCCAACGCUUGCUUUAAUAUGAUCUCGCAACCCGCAGUGUUUGCGUAACACUUUUAAUCAGGCCGGUUUUUGCGUCGUUUGUCCUCUCGAGUCUGGUUCCCUCUCCCUGGUCCUUCCCUUCCUUCUCCUCUUUUCCUUGCCCUGUUCACCGUCGCGCUGAUGGGGCACGGGAGAAGGGGG